AUGCCAAGGCGGAAUAGGAGGAGCUCCCGUAGCGCGGAUGAUGACCCGCCGGAGCUGGAAGCCAUGAAUGAAAUAUCAAUGUACGAUGAGCUCUUACGUAAAAUCAAUGAGUUAAGCGAGCACGUGAAACAAUUAGAGAGUCGUAAUGAUGAGCUAGAAGGCCGCCUCUCACGAGCAACAAAUCAAAGUAAUAGUGACGAGAGUAUAAGUGUUGCAAAUGUAGGGUACAUCAUCAACAAGGAGAAUAUUCCCUUAUUUAAAGCUGAGGUGCCUGCUUCUCAACCAUUGAAGCGUAACACAGAACUUGAAGGAUGGCUACGACAAAUAGAAAAUCUAACUAGGCCUCAAAAUGAUGAUGCAUUUAUACGAUCGGCACCGGAUUUCUUCAGACUCAUCUACGAAAACCAGAUGACCGCAGGUCAGGCACCACUCGACUUUUAUUUGCAACUAGAGGGCGCAAUAUAUCAAGGUUACAGAGACUACCCGAAUGCGAUAGGAGAACCCGAUGAACUGAUUCGCAGAGUAUUUUUGCAGGGUCUUCCUGGUUGGCUGAGAGAAGUCCUUGCUUUAAAAGAGGGUGACCCUCUACCACAAGUCGUUGACGCAGCGCAACGAGUCUGGAACACGCGAGUUGGAGUGCGGCACCACGAUGGUCCCUCGCAGAUAAGUUUAGCCCCUCGCGAACCCGCCAUGGCUCGCUCUCGUCCUCACGUCGCUGCCACAGGUGAGCAACUCUCGAAGUUUUGUAGCUUCCAUAAAAGCCACACUCAUAAUACACGAGAGUGUCGGGCUAAGCGAGAUGCACGCCGGUGCUUUAAUUGCUCACGAGACUGGGCACAUAGCGAGAGUCUGUCCCUUUCCGACUCGCCAGGGAACAGAUUGCGUCCCACCUCUCCUGGCGACAGAAACGGACGCAAAAUCAGACCGAUCAGUGACGAGAUAAAGUCGGGCAGACCUAUAAUCAAACUUAGAGUAAAUGGCAUAAUUAUCGACUGCUUCGUUGACAGCGGGUCGGAGGCGACCAUAGUGAAGAGUGAGGCUAUGAGCCUGUUAAGAAUUAAAAAGCAAAAGGGGUUAACUAAACAAUUGCGCGGUGUUUCUGGUAAUAUGCUAACUGUCGAUGCCGAAUGGCGUAAAUUACCUGUUACUUACACUGAUGCACAAUCUUUGUGUAUCACGGCCGUCAGUGAUUGUGCAGUGGAGGUCAGUGAAGCAGACGAGGUUGUUGUCGUGGGAGAUGGUGAGGACGGAUCCCGUCAGGGGAGCGAUUCGGUCGAGGAUCCCGCAAGUGAUCGUAAAGAGGCUUUAGAGGAGAAUAAUGAACUUGAUGAAUUCAAUGAUGACUUUGAUGAAUAUUAUGGGACGCUGGAUUUUGGUUACGAGGACUCUGAAUUCACCAUCUUUCCCGACAUCGAUCUCCGUCCUUCCGCCGACGCGACAGUAUAUGACCCCAUAUUAGGUCACGUGCCGGGAGUUGAGCACCGUAUUGUAACUAAUGAUUCUGACCCCAUAUGUGUCCGUCAGUGGCGCUUACCCGAGAAGACUAAAGCUUUCAUUCGCGACGAGUGCGAUAAGAUGAGAGAUGAGGGGGUGAUAGAGCCUUCGUCGUCACCAUGGUUAUCUCCUGUGGUCCUCGUUCGUAAAAAGAACGGUACACAGUUUUGCAUUGACUUUCGAGGGCUAAAUGCGGCGACUCUCGCCGAUAGUUAUCCUAUGCCCCGUAUUGACGAACUCAUCGACGAGCUCAGAGAUACGUCCUGGUUUACGGUUCUCGACGCUAAAAAUGCGUAUUGGUCGAUCUCUGUAGCACCUGAGGAUCGUCCGAAGACCGCGUUUUCCGAUGGACAUCGCCUGUGGCAGUUCAGACGAUUACCGUUCGGUCUUGCUACGGCUCCUAGCACCUUUCAGAGAACCAUUAAUAUGGUAUUAUCAGCGGUACUAGGGCGACAUACGGUAGCUUACCUCGAUGACGUCGUUGUGCACAGUUCCUCGUUCGAAGAGCAUCUAGAGCAUCUAACAGAAACCUUGCAUCUCUUAAAUAAGGCAGGAUUUAGAUUAAAUCGCGAAAAAUGCGAGUUUGCAACACGCGAAUUUAAAUUCCUGGGUUUCAAGGUCACCCCAGAGGAAUUUUACCGGACCCUGACAAGGUCAUUGCCAUUAAUAACAGCACUGCUCCCCGUACUGUCAAAGAGGUGUGCGCAGAUUUCUGGCUGUAGUGGCUACUUUAGAAAACAUAUUCCCAAUUAUGCUGCUCUUGCUGCCCCACUUACAAGGCUCACACGUAAGGAUGCGAAGUUUGUCUGGACAGAUGAGGAAGAAAAGGCCUUCAACACCCUUAAGCAAUCACUUGUAGAAGCUCCUGUCUUGAAGAAACCGAACUUCACUUCCCCAUUUGAGGUUCAUUGUGAUGCUUCAAAGUUGGCAUUAGGAGCCUGCCUUAUGCAGAGAGGCCCAGAUGAUAUCCCUCAUGCAGUAGCUUAUUUUUCCCGUAAGCUAAGGGGUCCCGAAACGAGAUAUCCGGCGAUAGAUAUGAAGCACUCGCUGUGA